AAAAAAAAAGAAAGAAAAGCUGGUUCAGCGUGUCCCUGCGGUUGGGAGAUGCUUUCUAAGGCCCGUUGAACUCUGCAAGGCCAUGAGGAGUCUAAAGUCCUCUAAACAGGAAAAUAUAAUUCUUGGCAAGGACUCUGGCUCCUGGCACCAUGCCCAGCACUCUCCGUGGAGACUUCAUGCCACCACACACUGUCCCCACCAGGCGUGCUAUUGCAAAUGACACCACUUGACUCACCACCUGAGUACAGAGAAGUAAGUGUCUGGCCGAACAGAAGACAGCCUGGUUCUGGUAUCAGCUUUCACAGUCAGUCUUCCAGGACAGAGCCUCUGCGUGGCGCGCUGUGCACAGUGAGAAGAUGAGGGUGUAGGAGGCACGGCCAUGUGAGAGCAGCUUUGACCUCAUGGACCCACAGGGUAGCCAGACCACUGUCUAGAGGUUCCUUCUCCAAAGAAAGGUCACGCCGAUGACAGGGUCACCAGGAGCAGUGAGCCAUGCCGGCUGGCGCAAGUGAAGAAGACAAGACCCUCGCAGAGCCCUGAGCAGGCAUGGCCUGGCCUGUGGGCACUGCUUGCUCUGCGGGUCUGCUCCAUGGGUCCCCUCACUGCAACAGGGCCACCCUGGUUGGCCUGACCUCUGGCUCAGCAAUCAGCCUCUAGGCUGCACCUGGAUCCUGGAGCCACUUUCCUGAAGAGGAUACACCAGCCCGUGGGUUUCCCUGGUCAGAUGUUCCAAUGGGGCUCUGGGCAUGGACAUGGAGCUCGGAGGCCGAGGUGACCUGUUCAGAUGCUGCAAGGCUGCUGUGACCAUUAGCCAGCUGGUGUACCCGAGCAGCUUCCAGCUCACAGACAAGGAGAAAAGCAGCAUCUGCUACCUGUCCUUUCCCGACUCCCACUCAGGCUGCCUUGGGGACACUCAGUUCAGCUUCCGCAUGCGUCAGUGUGGAGGGCAGAGGAGCCCCUGGCAUGCCGACGACGGGCACUACAACAGCAGAGCUCCCGUAGCGCUGCAGAGGGAGCCAGCACACUACUUUGGCUACGUGUACUUCAGGCAGGUGAAGGACAGCUCCAUGAAGAGGGGCUACUUCCAGAAGUCUUUGGUCCUGGUGUCCCGCCUGCCCUUUGUCCGGCUGUUCCAGGCGCUGCUAAGCCUGAUUGCCCCCGAGUACUUUGACAAGUUGACGCCCUGCCUGGAAGCAGUUUGCAAUGAGAUUGACCAGUGGCCGGCCCCCCUGCCAGGGCAGAUCCUGAACCUACCUGUCAUGGGAGUUGUCAUCCAGGCACGCAUCCCAUCCAGGGUGGACAAGCCUGAACCCAGUCCUCUGAAGCAGAGCAGCCAAGAGAGCCUGCUGCCAGCCCCUGUGGUCCUUGCCAGCGUCCAUGAGCUGGACCUGUUCAGGUGCUUCCGGCCCGUGCUGACCCACGUGCAGAUGCUGUGGGAGCUCAUGCUCCUCGGGGAGCCCCUGGUGGUCUGGGCACCCUCGCCCGACGUGUCCUCAGAGCUGGUGCUGGCCCUGACCAGCUGCCUGCAGCCCCUCCAGUUCUGCUGUGACUUCCGCCCCUACUUCACCAUCCAUGACAGCGAGUUCAAGGAGUUCACAACACGCACACAGGCCCCACCAAAUGUGGUCCUGGGGGUCACAAACCCUUUCUUUAUCAAAACACUCCAGCAUUGGCCCCAUGUCCUCCGGGUCGGGGAACCCAAGAUGUCAGGGGACCUUCCUAAGCAGGUCAAGCUAAAGAAGCCCUCAAGGCUGAAGACCCUCGACACCAAGCCAGGCCUCUACACUGCGUACACAGCCCACCUGCACCGGGACAAGGCGCUGCUGAAGCGGCUGCUCAAGGGUGUGCAGAAGAAGCGGCCAUCAGAGGUGCAGAGUGCCCUGCUGAGGCGGCACCUCCUGGAGCUUACGCAGAGCUUCAUCAUCCCCCUGGAGCACUACAUGGCCAGCCUCAUGCCCCUGCAGAAGAGCAUCACACCCUGGAAGACCCCCCCCCAGAUCCGCCCCUUCAGCCAGGAUGACUUCCUGCGUAGCCUGGAGCACGCGGGGCCCCAGCUCACCUGCAUUCUCAAGGGAGACUGGCUGGGCCUCUACAGGCGGUUUUUCAAGUCCCCCCAUUUUGACGGCUGGUACCGGCAGCGGCACAAAGAGAUGGCCCAGAAGCUGGAGGCACUGCACCUCGAGGCUAUCUCUGAGGCGCAGAACAUUGAGACCUGGAUGAAGGACAAGUCUGAGGUGGAGGUGGUAGACCUAGUCCUGAAACUUCGGGAGAAGCUGGUGCGGGCGCAGGGCCACCGGCUCCCUGUAAAGGAGGUGACACUGCAGCGGGCACAGCUCUACAUCGAGACGGUCAUCGGCUCCCUGCCCAAAGACCUGCAGGCCGUCCUGUGCCCUCCCUAGGAUGCAGCUAAGAUGCAUGGUCCAGGAGUCUGGCCAAGCCUCCUUCUCCCCAUGGGGGUGGCCCUCAGCCAAGCACAGGCUCCCAGCUUUGGCCCCCAACCCAGGCGAUGGCCCCCUCCGCUGCACCACCAUUGUCCCCACAAGUAAACGCAAUAUUUGGAACCACA